GGCGGACCCGGCGUGCACCGCGGCGCUCGGAGGCGGAAGCGGCAAGGUGUGCUGCGCCGACGGCGGGAGCGAGGCUCGUGGCUUGCAGGGGCGGCGCGACGGGGUCGGCAUGGAAGUGAAGGAUGCCAAUUCUGCGCUGCUCAGUAACUAUGAGGUGUUCCAGUUACUAACUGAUCUGAAAGAACAACGUAAAGAGAGUGGAAAGAAUAAACACAGUACUGGACAACAGAACUUGAAUACUAUCACUUAUGAAACAUUAAAAUACAUAUCAAAAACACCAUGCAGUCACCAGAGUCCUGAGAUUGUCAGGGAAUUUCUCACAGCAAUGAAAAGCCACAAGUUGACCAAAGCUGAAAAACUUCAGCUGCUGAAUCACAGGCCUAUGACUGCUGUUGAGAUCCAGCUGAUGGUGGAAGAGAGUGAAGAACGGCUCACAGAGGAGCAGAUCGAAGCGCUUCUCCACACGGUCACAAGCAUUCUGCCUGCGGGGCCAGAGGCUGAGCAGAAGAAAACUGCCGGCUGUGACGUGACGAUGGAGGAAGGGGACCCGGCGUAGAAGAGCACGCACACCCGGGCCAGGCAUCUCAGGAACCUCAGAGGCCAGCGCUGCUUUUCAGACACAGAGCACUAUUUGUCUAGUUUUAUCCUCUAUCCCAGCACACCUGAUUCCAUGGUUAGUUGGGUAAAUGACAAAAAUAAUUCUCAAAAAUAAGUGGGAGAGAGAGAGAACUGCAUUCGGGAGAAGAAACAUGGUGAAGCCAGGCUGACGUCAGCACAGAGAGCUGAAGAAAGGAGGACAAGGACUGGGGAACCCUCUGUGGGAAAAUAUUUCUUUUGUGGCCUUUGCCACAAUUGUGGGCAAGUCCUUUUUACGCCGCUAGUACAGUACUGUGUUGCCUUUGAUGGGCUGGCCUACUAAUUAGCUCCAUCUACUUCCUUAGGGACUUCCCAAGCGGGGGCGCAGAGUGCUGCUGGGAUGAGAACUUAGCAGAAUCCAGUUAGCUGGCUGAUCACCA